AUAUGGAAGGUGCUUUAAUGGAGAUUGGAGGAAGGUGGGUGAAUUUGGAAUUGCCUUAGCCUCAGCACCAUCAUCAGCAGCAACAGUUGCCUGACGACGAUUCAGUAUUCACUCACUCGGUAGUUCGCCCACUUGUUGUUUAUACUCCACACUACUUUUCAGUUUCCACCGCCAUUCACUGCCAAUCUCCUUCCAUUCCUUCCUCAAUACUCCACGCUCCAUCACCCCCACCCUGCUACCUCCAAUUUUGCUUAUUUCUGUCUCCAUUCAUUUGGUUCCCGCACCUCGAAAAUCGGUAGUUGCUCGUCGUUCCAUUCCGUAACUGUGUAUUCUAUUUUGCUGUGAUUUGAUUUGAUUUCUGGUGUUCAGAUUAUUUUGUUUUGUUAUCAGUUGGACUAAUUCUGAAGUGUUUUGUUCGCGUUCAUACGUACAGAAAGGAUUGGAGAUAAAAAUUGAAGGAAAACAGUUUGUUUAAUCAAUCAUAUUCCUCUAUUCAGCAAGCAAGGAUGUUCAAGUAGUCGAUGUGAAGCUGAGUUUGGAUCGUCUCGACGAUGAAAAGUAGUCGGAGUUAGGGUUCUUCCAUGGAUUCCACAAUUUCGCCUCUCCUUUCCUGUUGAUUUGAAUAUAGAUGGAUGAACAGUGAUGCGCAGUGAUUAUGGAAUUGCAUUUUGACGAAUCAGAAGAAACAAAACUGGCUAACAAGUGGUGGGAACGGAAUCUGGAUGCCGGAAUGGCCGGUUACAACCAGCCGCCGCCGCCGCCGCCGCAGGCGGCGGCGGCGGCGGGGUCGCGGUACGUGCAUCAGCUUCUGCCGCCGGACCUCCACCUGCAGCCGCGGCCGUCGGCCAUUUCGCUGCACAACCCGCUCCCGGACGCUUCGGCAGACUCCAAGGACUCUCCGCCGGAAAAGGACGCAGACGCGGCGGCGACGACGAGCUCCGGGGGGACUCCGACCACCAGCCGCCGCCCCCGCGGGCGGCCGCCGGGUUCGAAGAACAAACCGAAGCCUCCGAUAGUGGUCACGCGGGACAGCCCCAACGCUCUCCGGUCACAUGUUCUGGAAGUUUCCUCCGGAAACGACGUCGUCGAGAGCGUCUCCGUGUACGCUCGCCGGAGGGGGAGAGGCGUCUGCGUCCUCAGCGGCAGCGGCACCGUGUCGAACGUGACUAUCCGGCAGCCGGCGGGGCCGUCCGGCGGCGGAGUGACGCUGCAAGGCAGGUUCGAGAUUCUAUCCCUCUCCGGGACGGUGCUCCCCCCGCCGGCGCCCCCUGGCUCCGGCGGCCUGUCGAUAUUCCUCUCCGGCGGCCAGGGGCAGGUCGUCGGAGGCAUCAUAGUCGGGCCGCUGCUGGCGUCCGGCCCCGUCGUUCUGAUGGCCGCGUCGUUUGCAAACGCCGUGUUUGAACGCCUGCCAUUGGAGGAUACUCAAGAAGAAGGAACUCCAGCUGCUCAGCCGCAGUCCGCCGCCUCCCAGUCUUCCGGUGUGACUGCCGGCGGCGGCGGAGGCGGAGGCGCUACUGCUACUCCUGCUGCUGCUCAUCCUGGUGAGCCUGGCGGCAAUGGAAAUGACACUGGUGGAGGAGGAGCAAGUGCUGGCGGCAAUGGUGCACCCAUGGCUGCCGGAAAUUACCCGUUCCCCGCCGAUUUAUUCGGUUGGGGGAGUGGAAAUUCAGCAAGGCCACCAUUUUGAUCCGUCAAUUGCUGUUAGGGUUUAAUUUUAUGCACUUUUCUACAUAAUGUGAAUUAUGGAAACAUGAACCAUUGAAAAAAGGCAACAGGUUUUGUAAGAAUUUUCCCAUCAUAAUCAGCCUAUUUUACAUAUAUAUAUAUAUAAAUAUCAUUCAAGUCUUGCCAUUUCUGUGAUGAUUAAUUACAGGUUUAGUAAUCGAGGACGACGGGGUAUCGACAUCAGCUAACAAGAUAAGAAAAUCAAGAAAUGUGGAGCAAAUAG